AUGCAAUAGAAUAGCAAUGGAAUGAGAGAGUUUUGAAAGUAGGGGCCCCCUUGGGGCAUUAAAGGCACAUAACUGAUGCAAUGGAAUAGCAAAACGGUAGGGGCUGCGAGACUCUGACAAAACACAUCACAACCCAACACAAAAAGGAAAAAAAAUAUAAAAAGACAUAACACAGCACAGAUCCAGAGAACGCAAGAAAAGUAAAGACAAAGGCUAGACAACAUUUUGUACUAGAUGAUACACAAAAGCAGGGAAAAAUGUUGUUUUUUAUCUGGGGACAUUGAAUUCACCAAAUUCCUUUCAAGCAUUAAUAUUCUCUCAUUGUGCAAUUAUUCCACAAGAACUACUAUUUCAACCAACAAGCUUUGUAUUGAGUGUAACAACUAACAAGGCAGAGAGGUGCUAGUUCAGUGUACAAACUAGAGAAGAAAGAAAGCAAGCAGAGCAUGGACGUUGGUCAGCUGCAAACAAGAUUCGUGGACUAUAGAAAGUCAAUGUUUUGUGAGGGGCUCUUGGACAGUCAGUUUAUUCAGCUUCAGCAACUUCAAGAUGAGAGCAACCCAGAUUUCGUGGUUGAAGUGGUGUCUCUUUUUUUCGAAGAUUCUGAAAAGCUUCUUAAUGAACUCACCAAAACUCUAGGUCAGCAAACUAUAGAUUUUAAAAAGGUUGAUGCCCAUGUUCAUCAGUUGAAAGGUAGCAGCUCUAGCAUUGGCGCUCAGAGAGUUAAAAAUGCUUGCAUUGCUUUUCGCAACUACUGUGAAGAAGAGAAUAUCGAAGGGUGCUUGAGAUGUGUUCAACAAGCAAAACAAGAGUACUUCCUAGUCAAGGGCAAGCUUGAAACUCUAUUCAGGGUGAGAACACUAAACUUCUUAGCAUAUGCCAGUCUAUUCCAAACUCCUAUUUUUCUUCUGUUUGUCUAUUGCAGUUGGAGCAACAGAUUGUGGUGGCUGGUGGGGUAAUUCCUAUGGUGGAAUGAGUGGGUCUUGAAGUAACUAUUAGAGAGGCAAAGACAAGUAUGUGUUGGAGCUAUUGUUAGCUUUGUUUGAGUUUUUUAUCACUAAAACUACAGAACUUGGGCUUACAUGUCCUUGUAGUUACUCUUCCUAAAUAAUGGGUCCUAAAGUAACUACUAAACAGGCAAAGCCAAGAAUGUUUGGAGCUAUUAUUGAGAACCUUUGUUCGAGUUUUGUCUACCACUUGAAUUAACUACAAAACUUGUGCUUGCAUGCCCU